CAGUCACAAUCGGAACAUUGACGCGAUCACUACGACGUCUUCUCCUCGUUCUCUCUCUGAAAUUUUCUGCUGCUGCUGCCUGAAGUGAAAACCGAAAGUGAACAAAUAGUCCAAGCAGUCGUCAUAAUCAUCAUCAUCAUCAUGCCCGCACGUACACAUUCCACGCGCAUCUUGGCCAUAGUCGCCCUCUUCUUCAGCAGUUACAUUGUUGGCAUUUACAGUGCUGCACGCGCCAGCAGCCAACUGUUGCUUCAGAAUGAGAGUCUUCGCUCUCUCAACGAUACCAGCUUGGAUACUUUGGAUGAGUCUGACACGGGACUGGCGCGCAAUGGCACCAGAAAUCCUCGCUGGUUUCCCUUUUACACCAUCGGUCGCUUUUCCAAUGACAUUUGCCAGGGAAACAAUUUGCUGUUGGGAACCUGUCAGAUCAACGGCGAGUGCACGGACAACAGUGGCGUAGCCGCCGGCAGUUGCUCCACGAUCACCAACCAGGCCAUUUGCUGCAUAUAUCAACGCACUUGUGGUGCUAGUACAACCUACAAUAACACCUACUUCUACAACAGCAACUAUCCGGCACCUUAUGCCGGUGGCGGUCGUUGCUCAAUUGUGGUCACCCCACCGGACUCUUCAAUUUGUCAGCUGCGCGUCGAUUUCCUCGCCUUGUCGCUGGCACCGCCAACAGGUGAUGGACUCUGCAGCACGGAUGCGUUGACAAUCAGUGGCGGCGCCUCGCAAGUGCCCACAAUUUGUGGCGAGAACUCGGGCCAACAUAUUUAUGUGGACUUUAAUGGCGUUAGUCCCAUCACCAUCUCGGUGGCCACAUCCUCCGGUUACACAUUCAAUCGCCAGUGGCAGUUCCAGAUACGCAUGCUGGGUUGCUCCUCGGCCACUUUGGCGCCCGCUGGUUGUCUGCAGUACUAUUAUGCCUCGAGUGGUACAAUCUCUAGCUUCAAUUAUGUCUCCGCUGCAUCGUCUGCUCUCAACUCGAUUGGAGUGCAGGGCACUCGACAGUUGGCGAGCAUGCGCUAUGGGAUUUGCAUACGCAAGGCGACAGGCAUGUGUUCCAUCACAUACAGUCAGGUCAGCUCGGAUUCGUACUCGUUUACGAUGACCAACGAUGUGGGUGCCGUGGAUCCCACGCUGUUGGCCACAUCGGCGGUGCAAAGUCAAGAUUGCACCACCGAUUACAUUAUUAUACCGUCGCCCACGCAAGGUGGCACGAAUAUGCCAAGCGAUAGGUUUUGUGGCCUCGGUUUGGUGUCCACGACAAGUGCGGCGAAACCUUUUGUAGUUUAUUCCGUGACGGAUGCCAACGAGGAGAUGGAUAUAUCGAAUCGAGGAUUCUAUUUAUCCUACUCGCAGAAUGCUUGCCCUGUAUUAUAG